AUGGCGCCACCUCCUGGACCCCAAAAUAUACUGAACACAGAAAAUGGAAUUAAUCUAAAUUCAUUCAAUCUGCAAAUAUGUUUAUAAUUGUGGUACAAAUUAGAAAAGUUUUUUAAGUCCCCAAUUAUGGCUUUCUCUGAUUUUCCAGGUGUUUUGAAAAAUAUAAAUGUACAUAACCUUACUGAACAGUAGUUCAAAUUGUGUUAUUAAGUUGUUACAGAAUUGUUACAGAAAACAAGAGUUAUUAUGAUUGAUAUAGUAUACCACAGUGAAAAUGCAUUUAUUUAUGAUGUUGAUGAUUGGGAAAAGCUCAGAAAAGAGUUUAGACUUGUUGGGCAGUUAUUUGGACACAAUAAACAUAAAUCAGUAUUACCUUUAUUAUUACUACCAGAAGAAGCCCUCUUGUUAAUUGAAAAAGGCAUUGGCAGACUUGUUUCAUACACAGAGGAACAAACAACCAAUGAUGAACUUGAAGCAUUUAAAAAGAGACUAUUUGAAGUUGAAACUGAAUAUUAUAAGGAGCUUAGAUUAAAACAAUUGCAACAAAACAUUCACAAAAUUAUGGCUGGGAAGAGAAAAAAAGGAGAUAUGAGAUCUGAAAAAGAAAUCAUUGAUGGAGAAUUAAGUAAACUUGUAAUCAAUGAAAAGAAGUUGGUUUGGCCUAUUUUCAAACAUAAAUUUGACAAAAACUCUGCAAAAUUACUUGACAAGGAUCUUCUUUGGAAAUUUACAACACUCAUAAAAUAUGAAACAUUUAAAAACUUCUGGGAAAGAAAGUUCUACAUAACUUCAGGAGCAAACUUUGGUGGUGAUUUUCUGGUUUAUCCAGGGGAUCCUAUAUUUUACCACUCUAAUUAUAUUGUAAGAUGCUUAAAUGAAAAUGAAACUGUUUAUCCCACAGAACUUGUGGUUUUGGGAAGGGUGGCAACAACAGUAAGAAAGAAAGGUGUUAUAAGUUAUUUACAAGAUGGUAAAGUAAACUAUAUUACUAUUAAAUGGUUUGGUAAAUAAUUACAUGUCACACAAUUUAAAUUUGAUCUAUCAAUUUAAAGUUUUGAUGUUGCUUCUCUGGCAGAACAUUUAAAUAUUUCUUAAAGAA